AUGAGUGACAUGCUGCCCUACGCAUCUUCCGGGUCGAAGGUGACCCCAAGACACAAUGCGAACGUAGGAUACUCCAAUGGAUAUCCGCGAAACUCCAGCACCUUGGAGUUCUCGCCACACCGAUUUCAGCCCCGGGGCUCUCCGCCGUCUCUGCGUCGACGAAGAAAGCUGCUCGUGCGGCUCGCCAUCCUCUCCGUGAUCGUGCUUUUUGGCGUCUUUGUGUGGCCGGGCGCACCCGUUCUAUCGGUCUUCUCGCUCAGCCUAUUCGCCGGCAGCGAGGGAAUCCAGCUCGAAACCGUGCGGUACUAUGACCUUUCUAACGUCCAGGGCACUGCGCGCGGUUGGGAGCGCGAGGAACGUAUCCUGCUGUGUGUUCCGCUGCGUGACGCCGCACCGCAUCUGCCAAUGUUCUUCUCUCAUCUGCGCAAUUUCACAUAUCCCCACCACCUUAUCGAUCUAGCCUUCCUCGUGUCCGAUUCCAAGGAUCGCACCCUCGACCUUCUGAUCGAGAACCUUGAGUCCAUCCAGGCAGACAACGACUCAGAGGAACAUUUCGGCGAGAUCUCCAUCCUCGAGAAGGACUUUGGCCAGAAGGUCAACCAGGAUGUUGAAAGCCGUCACGGCUUUGCCGCACAGGCCAACCGUCGCAAACUUAUGGCACAGGCCCGGAACUGGCUGCUGAGUGCCUCCCUCCGGCCGUACCAUUCCUGGGUCUACUGGCGUGAUGUUGAUGUCGAGACUGCGCCGUUCACUAUUCUCGAAGACCUGAUGCGCCACAACAAGGAUGUCAUUGUACCGAAUGUUUGGCGGCCACUUCCCGAUUGGCUAGGCGGCGAACAGCCGUACGAUCUUAACUCGUGGCAGGAGUCCGAAACGGCUCUGGCCCUGGCCGACACACUGGACGAGGACGCCGUCAUUGUCGAGGGCUACGCUGAGUACGCAACUUGGCGGCCGCAUCUGGCUUACCUUCGCGACCCCUACGGUGACCCGGACAUGGAAAUGGAGAUCGACGGUGUCGGUGGCGUCAGCAUUCUGGCCAAGGCCAUGGUGUUCAGAACUGGUGUGCAUUUCCCGGCGUUCAGCUUUGAGAAGCAUGCGGAAACCGAAGGCUUCGGCAAGAUGGCAAAACGCAUGGGCUACUCCGUCGUUGGUCUCCCGCACUACACCAUCUGGCACUUGUACGAGCCAAGUCUGGAUGACAUCCGGCACAUGGAGGAAAUGGAGAACGAAAGGAUUGCCCGGGAGAACGAAGAGAAGGAGAAGGCCGAGAAGGCAGAAAAGAUGAAGAACACCUUUGGCGAUCCAAAUGGCCAGUGGGAGAAGGACAAGGCUGCUAUGCAGGACAUUCCACACAAUAUCGCAGCCGAGAAAGUUGCAGCCGAGAAGGCCGCCAAUGCAGAUGCGGCGGCCAAGGCUGCCAAGAAUGUUGCGCCAUGA